AUGCGGAAAGAAGAAAUAAAGCUGCUCUGUGAGCGGUUCAAAACUCGCCUGGGCGAUCGAUUCUCAAAAAACCAUCGAGAAGAGCGCUUUGUACCGCAUGGCGCUGCGCAGGAGGUAUUCCGAAAUUACAAGUCGGAUUUACAAGAGCUUUUACAACAUAUGAGUGAGGCCCUUCGAGCAGACGAGGGCCUUCUAGUGAGCGUUGCUCAUCGGAUUUUGGAGAGUCUCUCGAACGUCCUAGCGAUUGUGCUUAUGGGUAGAGCGCGGAAUGACAUGUUUGUCUUGGAUCUUUUUCUGUCUCUGGUUCUGGAUGGAAAUAACCACAUGAGAGAGUUCCUUAUCUUGACCGAUUCCGAAUUGCCUAUUUCCAAAGCUCGUGCCGAAGACCUGUUUCCGGACAGAGGAGCUACUUUCUUCACCACGCAGCUGCAUUUCUGUGCAAUAGUGCUGCAGGAGGAAAAGGAGGUGAAAUACUUGGAGAAGGAACAGCGCCUGUGCCCACUCCCGUACCUGAGACAAGAAUUAAUCGGGGAGGGCGCCUUUGGGCAGGUGUUUGAAGUCGAAAUUGAAAGGCACCAUAUGCGUUCGGCGAGCGGAGACGGCGAAAAUCGGAAGCCUACACUACUAGCACGGAAGGACUUUCGACUCCAGCACGCGUUUGAGGAGGAGUUGAAAGUGUUGAGGAAGAUUAUGCGCCGACCCGAAAGGCACGACCAUCUGGUACCCUUGCUCGCCAUUCUACAGCACGACACCACCUACAGCCUGUUCUUUCCGUUGGCUGCCUGUGAUUUGACCACCUAUUUUGACCGUCAACACGACCCACCCGGUCCCGGAGCCCUAGACGAGAAGAAGGCCCUCUAUCACCGAGGAGUUGCGUUGGCGGGAGCCUUGGCGUUCCUUCAUCGUGGUUUCUCCGACAUGUCAUGCUACCAUUUGGAUCUAAAACCGCGCAAUAUCCUCGUUUAUAAUAAUGCACACAUGGCAGAUGAAGUAUGGAAAAUCACCGACUUCGGCCUUUCCCGAGUCAGGGUCAAAGCACAACCGCCGAAUGAUGGCGACUCAACCAUGACAAUAGGGGUACAGGGAACGUACUUAGCCCCGGAGUGCGCAGUAGCUGGUGCGAAAGUCAGCGCUUUGAGUGAUGUGUGGUCAUUUGGCUGCAUAUUCAGCCUGGUUCUUACCUUCAUGGUGAAGGGUGGCAAGGGUAUCAACGAAUUUUCGACCCGACGAGGUGAACAGCCCAAUGGCGACCUCUUCUACACUAAUCCUACGGAGCCCCAAGUUUCGCCUGCCGACAACAAAAAUUCUGAGGCCCGUGUCGCCGCCGCCGCUGGAGGUUGGGAGCUCCGCUCGUGGAAGCAGAUUCUCGCCUGGGGGGGAAAUUCUGGUAUCUUUCACUUCUACUCAAAAUCGAAUUUUGAAAUUGUCGGCGGAGCCUUUGUCCCCAAUCAGCAAGCAAAGCCCAUAUCUUUCCCCGAUUUGGGCUCUAUAAAGAUGGCUGCCCUAUCAAACGAUGGUGCGUUGGCCGCCUUCAUUAUUACCCAGAAGCCCGGUGGGACCGAGAUGAAAUGUUUGAGAUAUCUUUGCAAAACGGAAGACUUGGUACAUGCUGCAGGUAAUGGGUCAAAUUCUGCAAUUUCUGCAACUUCAAUGGGAUCUAUGACGACGAGAUCCGCCACAAACCAGCUGGGACCUGCCAUUGGAUCGGCUGCAGACAUUCGGUUCUUUGAUUUCACCAGCAAUGGCCAAUUUCUUGUCAUGGUGACCCAGGAAGGAACGAUCAACUUUUGUGUCAAAGUAUGGGAAACUCGGGGCGACACCCUGUUCCAAGAGAUGUUGAUACCACAUAGGGGCUCUGCUGCCACAACUGCUGCGCACUUUACAGCAUGCACAGUUUUUAUGCUCAACGGAAUUCUCCAUUUGUUUAUACUGUCACAAGAGCAGUAUAUCAUCCACGCUGAUUUGUCCGAAAGGACAUGGAGGAGUCGAGAGCUGGAAGAUCGAAUGGUCCAACUGUAUUUCCGCAGUGAUAACCAAACGCUGCUCUUUCUCAAGCGCGAUCGCCGACAGAUAUUUGCAUUGACUGUCUCGGACGCACUUGUGGAAGACGCAACUAUGGCCCGUCCGAGACAGGUAGCACAGAUAGGCUCUUCAAUAGGUAAAUGCCAGCCUAGCAUUGCCAUGCGAGCCAAACAGAGGGGGAAAGUGGAGAUAUUACUGGCCACGGCGGAAGGAAAAUGGAAUGCUGUUGAUGUGACAAACCUCUGA